AUGGUCAACCAAAGCUCUCCAGAAGACUUCUUCCUUCUGGGCUUCUCUGAACAUCCAGAGCUGGAAAAUGUUCUCUUCGUGGUUGUCUUGACUUCCUACCUCCUCACUCUAGUGGGCAACACACUCAUCAUCCUGCUGUCCGUGCUGGACCCCAGGCUCCACUCUCCAAUGUACAUUUUCCUCUCCAACCUCUCCCUCUUGGACCUCUGCUUCACCACGAGUUGUGUCCCCCAGAUGCUGGUCAACCUUUGGGGCACAAAGAAGACCAUCAGCUUCUUUGGCUGCUCUGUCCAGCUCUUCAUUUUCCUGUUCCUGGGGUCCACAGAGUGCAUCCUCCUGACAGUGAUGGCCUUUGAUCGCUACGUGGCUGUCUGCCAGCCCCUCCACUAUGCCACCAUCAUCCACCCUUGCCUCUGCCAGCAGCUUGUGGCUGGGGCUUGGGUCAUUGGGCUGGUGGAGUCACUGGUCCAGACACCACCCACCCUCCGCCUGCCCUUCUGCCCCCACAGGCAGGUGGAUGAUUUUGUGUGUGAGGUCCCAGCUCUAAUUCGACUCUCCUGUGGGGACACCACCUACAAUGAGAUCCAGAUGGCUGUGGCCAGUGUCUUCAUCUUGGUCGUGCCCCUCACCCUCAUCCUCAUUUCCUACAGUGCCAUUGCCCAGGCGGUGCUGAGAAUUAAUUCUGCAAAAGGGCGCAGGAAGGCUUUUGGGACCUGCUCUUCCCAUCUCAUCGUGGUCACCCUCUUCUACAGCUCAGUCAUUGCUGUCUACCUCCAGCCCAAAAAUCCCUAUGCCCAGGAGAGGGCCAAGUUCUUUGGUCUCUUCUAUGCAGUGGGCACUCCCUCACUUAACCCGCUGAUAUACACCCUGAGGAACAAGGAGGUAAAGAGGGCAUUCGUGAGGUUGCUGGGGAAGGAAAGGGACUCCAGGGAGAGCUGA